CAGCGGUAUCUGCAGGAAUCGCACCGAGGUUCGGUGUACGUGGACCUUGAAGCUCUGUUUAUGGCUUUUCUUCAAUAUGUAAGUGGUAAAAUCUAAGAUCAAUGUGGGUGCAGACAAAAGGUUUCAUCUCAGAAUCACUCAGUGAAGUUAUCCGAUUUGCGACAGUUGAACUUCAACUUCGAUAGGACAUUGACUCUUAGCGAGCUAGUCAGCCGACUUCAAAAGAAUACUGCACCGUUUGUCUUUGAGAAAUAUUUAAUAUUUUAUUGUAUUUUCCUGUGGACUGUCUUUUUCGUGUAAAAACCAUUACUCUUGAAACGGCUAACGUAACGAAUUGUCACGUCAUCGCCACUGACAUACUAUUUUUAUCUUCCAAUCACAGGUCGGUGCAAUUCCUGUAUUUAGCUGCUAGUCUCAACGGCUGUGACAGCAGGGCAGCACAACAGCACAAGCAUUUCCUGCAUUCUACACCGUAAAUCAAGAAUAAUGAGGCUUUCGACAAUCUUUCGUGUAAAAAAGUUAGUAUUUGGGGCUUUUCUAGUGUUCUUCGUGUUGAAAUGGGCUGUUGUGCCGCUGUACAGCGCCAUGAAAAGGUUUGUACAUUGGGCUUUUGUGCGAAAGAAUCAACUAAAGUUGUCUUCGGAUAUAAGCAAUUUUUUAAUCAUUAUUGUUGCUUUUUUUUUCAAACACACUCUGUCAUAGUAACUUAGUAACUGUCUAGAAGUGAUCUACGUGGCUGCCAGUAGCAAAUUAUUUGUCAGUAUUUGACUUCUGGAUCAAACGUAAGAAGAAAAAGCACUAUUUUGAUAUUUGAUUUUUAUUAUAUUCUCUGUUAUAAUCUUCAGGAAUAUGUGCCAGUCUGUUCAUAAUGUUCUGUUUCUCAAAACCCACAAGACUGGCAGCAGCUCUGUAAGCAACAUUUUCUUUAGAUUUUCUAAAAGCAGAGGUUUGACAGUGGCUUUACCAAGGAAACAAAUCUAUUCCUUUUACUGGCCUUGGAGUUUUCAAGCUAACUUUGUGGAUAAUUUACCAGAGGAAAAGCCUAACAUUCUCUGCAGUCAUGCAAGGUAAAAUUACUAAAACUCACAUCACACGUAUAAAUUAACAAAUAGACAACACUUUUCCAUGGUCAGUAUACUCUUAUCAACAGUAAAAUGUUUAAAACUCAAGUGAAGGGGAGUGAUUUCACUGCAAGUGCACAAAAACAAAAAAACAAAUUGCACCACCAUCACAUCAUUUCCAUGGUCUGUACUCUUAUUGACCAUAGCUUUUGACCAAACACUGUGAGAAAUCAGCUCAGCAGUUAUUGUAAAAAUAUAUAUGUCCCUUUGCUUUGUUAGAAAUUGUUGUGGAAGACCUCAUGUCCAUUAUGUUGGGAAUGGGAGACCAUGACAAUCAUUCGAGUUUCCAAUGAAAUAUGAAACCAUGAUGACAUCUCACAAGUGUGUAGAUAUAACAUCAUUAUGUCAUUUAGUAUAACUCUUCCACAAAAGCCAUUUCAGAGACACAGAUACUGGUAGAUGGCUGUUUUAGAGAGAUUGCCUUGGCAGAGCCAUUGACAAAACUGGUAUUGGACUGGAUUAAAUCAGCCACUGUGACCCCAUCCCUUACCUAUUGUCUUUUAGUAAGUCACAGGGAAAGGUCCAAUUUGAGAUGUCUGCGUUAGAGAGGUGGCCAUAAGAUUAUAGGUUUGAAUUGUGUGUCCAGAACAUUGUCUAGACCAAAAUUUCCUUUGUUUUGUUUUUACAGCAGUUAAUUACCACUAACAUGCAUCAUCCUUGAAUGUUUUUUUUUUCUCUGUUGAAACCUGAGUUUUCAUGGACUUCAAUCAAUACCCUUUUCUGUGGUUUUCUCAUGUGCUCUGACAGAGAGGGUUCCUUUGUCGCUGAAUGAGGAAGACUUGCCAGAAUAAUUUAAAUGACGAUGGCAUUUUUAAUUUUAUUUAUUUCAUUAAGAUGAAGGAUUACAUUAUUAAAACAAUGAGGUCUCUUCGAGCUGAGGGAAAUAGCUGAAAUACUCUCUAUAGUCAACCUGAAGGUUUUCAGGUUGUUUAUUUAUUUGUUUGAAAGAAAGCGCGGGAGCCUCGAACGAAUUGCCAAGGAGCAUAAAUUCAAAGAAAUGAAGAUAUCACACUGACAAGGGACGAAGGUUUCCUCUGAACAAAGGCUGUUUUCGAAAAUGAAUUCUGUAACCUGCAGAUCUACUUAUCAUUCUUCAUGUUAUCAAACAGAAUCCUGAACUAGCAAGAACUCAGAGGAGUUAAUUGCGAGCAUGUAUUGAGAAAGCUAUUAUGUGGUUGUAACUUACAGUGCUUAUUAAGUUGACAAUUUGAAUUUCCUGCGACAAACACUCAACAAACUCGUACUCCUUGUAAUCUUGACAUGAAGUGGUGUCAGAUCCUGUAGCAAAAUAUUGCAAAAACAGCUUAAACACCAAUAUUUUCCUCUCAGUGCUCAAGAAUACAGGGAAAGACUCUUUUCUUGGCCAAUGCGUGAAAACCAUGGUAACGGUUGAUUGACGUCCACCAAACCACAGGUUUGAACUGAACAAGAAACCCUUUGAGGGUGCGUGUUAGUGAUAACCGCUGUAAGUGAAUUUAACUUGUAAUAUUUGUAUAAAAUAAAAUUUGACAAAAGUACAAAUUUUAUCUUGUAAUAUAAUGCUGAAAAACAAAUUUAUUUCAUAGAUAAAGUGCUGAUAUUAGAUAAAGGCGCUUCAUUUGAGUGGUCACACUAUAGGAUUUCAUCCUCAGACUCAAAAGUUAUAAUAAUAAUAAUAUAAUAAUAUUUAAAAAUUUAUAGCAUGAAAUAUCUAUAUGAAUUUAUUAUCAAAUGCACAAUGAAAAUAAUUAUCACUUAGAAAGUGGAAUCACCAUCAAGGAAUCGAUCAUUCACUCUAUAACGAACUUAGUUUAUUAAACUUUUUAGUUUUACUUAUUACAGUUAAUUUUGUUUUAACGUGUUUACUGGCAGAUACAACCAAACCACAAUGCAAUCAUUUAUGCCUCCUGGGACAAAUUUUGUCACCAUUCUUCGACAUCCUCUUUCAAGGUUUGAAUCAGCUUUUCUCUUUGAAGAUUUUCCAGCUUUUCUUGGCAUUCCAGCAUCUGCAAAUCCAUUCCAACACUUCUUUGAACACUUUGAGAAAUUCAAGCAUGAUAUAAACUCAAUGUAUACUCUUAGAAAUGGAAUGAGCUUUGAUCUUGGUUUGGAACCUGAUGAUUUCGAGGACGCUACAGCAAUCAGAAAUUUCAUCUCGUCAGUAGAGAAUGAUUUUCAUCUUGUGUUACUCAUGGAAUACUUUGAUGAGUCUUUGGUUAUGUUAAAGCAACAUUUUUGUUGGACUUUGGAGGAUGUAUUGUAUCUGAAGCAUAACUCAAGACUGCGUUCAUCAAAGAAGCAUCACAUUCCAAGGCAGUUUGGGAAUAAAUUUUUGGAUAGGAACAAAGCUGAUGUCUUACUUUAUGAACACUUUAAUCAAACAUUUUGGAGAAAGGUUAAGUCUCAGUAUGACAAUUUCUGGUCUGAAGUGAGGCUUUUGAAACAGAAAUCACAUGCAAUGGCCAAGGAAUGUUUACUACCAGGAGAGCACAAAGACGAGAGAAGGAAAAAUAUUGCUACAAAGUUAAUAUUAAAUCCAAGAGUAGGCCAUGAUAUGGAACAUUUAUGUCGGGAACUUGUGAAAGAUGAAGGUGGUUAUUUAACUUAUUUUAGAGAUAUACAAUUAAGAGAACGGUGACAAAUUGUGAAACCAGAUAUGAAAAGAACUAUAUUUUUGUGAUUUG